AUGGACUCUGGCAGCCACAAGCACACCCUUCUCACCGGAAAUCUCAACAAACGCUACCAGAACAGACGCCAACUGUCUGAAAUCCUCCACAAGGGAAGAACCGACCGUGGCCAUUUCGCCGGCAAGCUCGUAGCCCUCGAAAGGGACAAUAGUACACGCAAGAUAGUCAUAGUCGUCAAGGAGAAUCAAGGAAAACGCAUCAAAUGUUCCCUGCCGCCGUCCAAAAACCUGUACCACAAUCUCACCGCAGGCAUCACAAAGGAUAUCCAAGUUGCCAUGUCAAACCCAGCCGUAGUGGUUUUGGAUGUAGAUAAAAGCGUAUACUACGACUAUCAGCUGGAAUAUGACCAGUAUCAAUUCAUCCUUGGCCAGGAGCUCUUUUCGACCAUUCCAGAUGCUUGGAGGGGUUCAUCUGAUGAAGAGGAAAUUCCCACACAAUCCCAUGAACGAGUCACAUUGCCCGACGCCCAAGAGUCCCAGUCGACGCACCAACAAAGUAAACACACGGCUGCUCCGAAUGCAAAGCUUGGGGGCAAAAUGCCCCCCGACUGGACACCAAUCCUGAAUGUCAACAGCUAUUUGGGGAAUCGGGUAGAGAAGAUUGCAGGCAUUGUUCAUCGCGCUGAUCCAAUACGAACAACAAAAUGGGAGAUAGACUGGGCUAUGGAGCUCGACAUCGUAGACGAAACGUCCAUACAACCGUUGGAGAUAAAACUCUACGCGUCUGAAAAAGUACACCUACCUCCCGAAGGCAUCAUCGAUAAAGCCAUCAUGUUUACCAAGCUGAGGAUACUACAACGAAAAGGCGCUUACAAUUACGCUCAAGGUGAUAAGAAUGUGUUCCAAUAUACAUGCUACGAAAACAACGACAUCUUCCACGACGUGGGCUUCGUCCGCCUAGAUGAUGACGCAAACCCACGACCAGAACGAAUUCACUGGCUCACAAGCAUGGACCGUGAAGGUCUUCAACGUCUCCUGCGCUGGAGCCGGAACGAGCUGCGACCCGUCGAACAGAUUCCAAAACCCAAUGGAAGGUCCAGUCUGACCCACAAGCUCCUAAAGGAUAUCGCCCACAACGAGUCAAUCACAUGUACCGUAGAGAUCUUGGACAUUUGGACAGAGAGCCAUGAAGUGGAUCUGAAAGUAACUGAUUACACUGCAAGUCCACAUCUUUUCGAACCGAACAGUACAAGGUGGUCUCAUCCACCGGGAAGACGAACAAUGAGGGUUCGCCUCCGGGAUGAUGCUGCUGGACAGGCCCAGAAUCUUGUCGUUGGAAACAUUUACCGGAUAAAAAAUAUUCGCAUCAAAGAUGAUCGUGGUUUGUUCUAUGCAAAUGGUGGCAAAGGUCCUAGUGGUUCCCAAGGGACUUUGAUCUCAUCUGUAGAUCCGUCUGACACCUAUUACAAAGAACUUCUGGCUCGUAAGCGUCGGCUCGAGGGCGGCGGAUCCCUCACAUCAUCGCCGACUAAUCCACCAGACCCUUUGCCGGUCCUAAAAUCUCCGACUAAAGCCACACUAGUCCAGCCAACUUCUGUAGAAGCGGGUCCACCAUCCGCCAGUAUCGACGAGACUGAGCAGCCAAUACAACAGCAAAGCGCAUCCAUUGCCGAACCCUCAGUGACAAACAAGAAGGGCAAAGUCUCUGUCGAAAACCGUGAUCUGCCAGUGUUACGAGAAAGCUACCCAGAAUUUCCUCGAUUCAUGGGAGAAGUCGAGAUUGCAAGUACAGUAGAAUGCGCAAAUGCACCUCGACAUCCACAUUUGACUCUUAAAGACAUCAGAUAUACGCCACAGGUCCCGCGAAUGUUCUACUUUUAUGCUCGCAUAGUGGAUAUUAUCCCGUCUGGUGUCGCAGAUGCAGUUCAUUCUUCUUGCACCAAAUGCGGACCAAUUGACAAAAGAGAAGAUACGCACGCAUGUCCAAGAUGCAAACGCUCUAAUACCGUGCAGCACAGCAUCCGGUUCCACUUUGUCUUGCAAGAUUCAGAACGCGAGCUCCCUGUAGAGGUGUUCGACGAAGCCGCGGACAUUUUCUUCUGUAUAUCGGACAAAUCCAAGCGUGAUCGGAAUUUGCUCAUCCCACAGGUAGCGCGACGACUACACCAUCUCAUGGGCACCACGGGUGGAAGCAACUCUCUCCAAGUGGGUGGGAUCAGCGAAAUAUUUGGGUUUGUCGGCAAAGUUUACAUGACGCUGGAAAACGAUGACCCCUGCUCUGGACAGUGGUUGCGCCGCUACGCACUAAGCGGUUGUCGAAUUAGAGGCCCUAAUGCACGAUGA